CCCCCCACCUUCCGCGGCCGUGCCCGGGGAAAGCAGUCGAGUUUCCAGUCGCAGCCGACUCCGCGUGGUUUGUCUGGUCUUGUUGUUUUUGGCGCCGGUUGCAAGUGGGGAGGACUUCUAACUUUGCGGUCUCGCAGGCGCUCGCGCGGCGCGAAGAGCGAACCGCCGCCUUCGCUGGCAGUCCAGCCGCGCGCGCGGGCUCUCCUUCAGCCUCGGGGGUGGAGGGAGUCUCUCUCCCGGGCCGGGCGGCAUGAGCGCCCGGCGGUAGCGCCGCCGCCACGCCCGCGCCCAUGGCUCUGCUGGCGCCCAUCCUCGGAGCCCGCGUGCGGCCGGCGCCAGGGCGGCCUGGGCUGCUGCGCGCUCGGCCGCCGCCGGUGGGGGUGCGGGCCCGGGACAAAGGAGCCGGGCGGCCCGAGGGGCCCCGCAGCCUCGCCGCCAUGCCGGGGCCGCGCACGCUCGCCAACCUGGUGGAGUUCUUCUGCCGGGACGGCUUCAGCCGCAUCCACGAGAUCCAGCAGCAGCACACAUGGGAAUAUGGAAAAAUCUUCAAGUCUCACUUUGGUCCUCAGUUUGUAGUAUCUGUUGCAGACCGAGACAUGGUGGCUCAGGUGCUGCGGGCGGAGGGGAUCGCGCCCCAGAGAGCCAACAUGGAGUCCUGGCAGGAAUACCGAGACCUGCGGGGCAGAGCCACCGGGCUCAUCUCAGCGGAAGGCGAGCAGUGGCUCAAGAUGAGGAGAGUAUUGAGACAGAGAAUCCUGAAGCCUAAAGACGUGGCUGUGUUCUCUGGAGAAGUCAACCAAGUGAUUGCUGACUUAAUCCAGAGGAUCUAUGCGCUCAGGAGCCAGGCGGACGAUGGGGAAACUGUAGCCAAUGUCAAUGACCUUUUCUUCCGGUACUCCAUGGAAGGGGUGGCCACCAUCCUCUUCGAGAGCCGGCUGGGCUGCCUGGAGCGCCAGGUCCCGCAGACAACGGUGGAGUACAUCCAGGCGCUGGAACUCAUGUUCAGCAUGUUCAAGACCUCCAUGUAUGCGGGUGCCAUCCCCCGCUGGCUCCGGCCCCUCGUGCCCAAGCCCUGGCAGGAGUUCUGCAGGUCCUGGGAUGGACUCUUCAAAUUCAGCCAGAUCCACGUCGACAGGAGGCUGAGGAGCAUCCAGUGCCAGGUGGAGCGGGGCGAGCAGGUGCGAGGGGGCCUCCUCACCUACCUGGUCCUCAGCCAGGCGCUGACGCUCGAGGAGAUCUACGCCAAUGUGACCGAGAUGCUGCUGGCCGGCGUCGAUACGACGUCCUUCACCCUGUCUUGGGCGGUGUACCUGCUGGCGAGGCACCCGGAGGUGCAGCAGACCAUAUACCAGCAGAUCGUCCGGAACUUGGGAGAAAGGCACGUGCCGAUGGCUGCGGAUGUCCCCAAGGUUCCGCUGGUCAGGGCGCUGCUUAAGGAGACCCUCAGACUGUUUCCGGUGCUACCGGGAAAUGGCCGGGUAACCCAAGAAGACCUGGUGAUUGGCGGGUAUCUGAUUCCCAAAGGCACACAGCUGGCCCUCUGCCACUAUGCCACGUCCUAUGAGGAGGAAAACUUCCCCCGGGCCCGGGAGUUCCGUCCGGAGCGCUGGCUGCGGGAGGGCGGCCUGGGCAGAGUGGACAACUUCGGAUCCAUCCCCUUCGGUUAUGGCGUCCGCAGCUGCAUCGGGCGGAGGAUCGCGGAGCUGGAGAUCCACCUGCUCAUGAUCCAGCUGCUUCAGCACUUCGAGAUCAAAACAUCGCCUCGCACCACAGCUGUUCACGCCAAGACGCACGGGCUGCUGGCACCAGGGGAGCCCAUCCACGUGCGUUUUGUCAACAGGAAAUGACCUGGGAUCUGUUGCCUGGGCUGAGGGAGCAGAGCCAGCCAGCUCCAUACCCAGGACGUGCUCCCACAAGCCCCACGGAGGGGCCACCCCAUCCUCGCCACGCUGUCUGGGAUGGAAGGUGGCUGGUUUGCCUUGAAAGCUCCAGAAGUUGUCCUUGGAGGACAGCUGGCCCUGUUUUCGUGUGUCAGAGGCAGUGCUGUGCUCAACAGUCGAUGGCUGGUGGGAUCUACAUGUCUGUGCAAGAGGUGGUUGGAGACAAUGAUGGCAAGCGACUUCUGCUUGCUUCCGAUCCGAACGGGGAGAAGGCCUCUGGGUACCGCAAUCUGCAAGAGACGGCGUUUUAUCUGAAGCAGCAAUUCGAGAUCCCAUACCCAGGCGAGAAGGGCUACCAUCCUCCUUUUUCUCUCCAAACCAUUGCUUG